AUGGGUACUGUUCGGGCAAAGGGACAGGGGCAGGGGCAGCAAGGACAGCAAGGGGCGGUUGAAUUUGAGCCGCAGCCGGUGGCCGGCGGGAACGGCCUGGAGCGAGCUCGGGCGAGGGAGACGAAGAUGCGGCAGGACCGGCGGCCCGAGGCUGCCGCCGGAGAUUGUACCUUUCUCUCUGUGACGUGCCUGCCUGCCAUACAUUUUUCAUCAGAAAUGUGGAAAAAACCACGAAUAGAUGGAAAGAAAAAGCUGAAAAGUAAUGCAAUACCUACCAUUUUUGGACAUCCAAGCCACAGUAGGAGAAUCAUUAACAAGCCAAGCCACACUAGGAGAAUCAUCAACAAGCCAAGCCACACUAGGAGAAUCAUCAACAAGCUAAGCCACACUAGGAGAAUCAUCAACAAGCCAAGUCACACUAGGAGAAUCAUCAACAAAGAUCAAAACAAGAAAUUAAAAAAACAAAUAUGUAUUUUGAAAACAAACAAGAACUUCUGCAAGAUAUUAAAUGACGAUCAAAUUAUAGCUCUUAACAGACAAAAUGCACGAAGUUGCAGGUGGUCCAAUAAUACUGUCAUAAAAGCCCUUCGAUUAAGAAUGUCAUGUGGUAGUAGUGGUUAUAAAGAAUUAUUGAAUCAGAAUAUUCCUCUGCCAUCAGAGCGUACGCUUAGAAGAAAACUCGAAAAUAUUAAUUUUGAACCUGGCGUUUGUGACCAAAUAUUUGAUGUACUAGAGCAACAAGUUUCACAAUUUACUGAUGACCGAGAAAAAGACUGCAUGCUAGCAAUCGAUGAAAUGAGCAUAACUGCAGAACAGAUUGAUCCGUUUACGAAGUGUUCUUUGGCAUGUCAUCUUUACCUGAUAAACUUG